AAAGAAAGGAGAACCAAUUUCCCCAUACUUGAAAGGCAAACUUAACCUGAUAGGGCAAUUGCUUGAACCAUUUCUCAAGUCAUCUCUUUACCUAUAAGAACAGAAGAUUUGAAAGGUAUUAGAGCACUGAUUUCAAGGAAAUGGAGAAGCUAAGAAGAGACUGGAUAGUCUGGUUUGGGUUUGAUGAUGCUCAUAUCAAGCACCUGACUGAUGCACUAGGGUCCCUGGUUAUGCCUACUAGUGCCAACAUCAAGACGGCACUUGACCAGAUAGUGUAUAAGGUUAAAGCAAGGGAUAUCCUAUUUUUCCACUACAGUGGCCAUGGAACUAGGAUUCCUUCCAUGAAACAUGGCCAUGCCUUCAAACAAGAUGAGGUAAUUGUGCUUGUGACUUCAGUCUAAUCAUUAGUAAGCUCUAAUUUUCUAAUUUUGCAUUAGUACAUCUAGAAAUUAACUGCUUUGUUAUUGCAUUAGUUAGAAUUCUGGAGAACUAAGUCAACUAAGCUCUUAUAUGCAGAUCUUGACUUGAGACAACUAGUUAAGCAUAUACCCAAAGGCUUAAGCUUCACAAUCCUUUUGGAUUUGUGUCACAAUGAAUGUCUCAUUGACAA